GUGCUGAAACAAAGAGGAGCUUAUAAAAUUUAUGUUGUUGCAACGCACGCACUUCUCUCUGGCGAUGCACCAGUACUAAUUGAAGAAAGCGUAAUUGACCAGGUGAUUGUGACCAAUACAAUCCCACAUGACAUGCAAAAAUUACGCUGCCACAAAAUCCAGACAGUGGACAUUUCGCUGCUCAUCUGUGAAGCAAUACGAUGCAUCAAUCACCGCGAAAGUAUGGGACAGCUUUUCCGUAAUGUCACUUUGGAUGACUGA